AAUAUGCAGCUAAGGGUGGUCCAGAAUUUUUCUUCAUUGUGAAUAUACAGGUACCAGGUUCAACAACAUACAGCCUUGGUCUCUACUAUAUGAUGGACACUCCAAUAGAAAAUGCACCCUUGCUGGAGAGUUUCGUCAAAGGAGAUGAUGCUUAUAGAAAUUCAAGUUUCAAGCUCAUACCGUACAUAUCCAAGGGACCAUGGUUAGUCAAGCAGAGUGUUGGGAAGAAAGCAUGCAUUGUAGGUCAAGCACUUGAAAUUAAUUAUUUUCGGGGAAAGAACUACUUGGAGCUUGAUAUCGAUGUUGGCUCUUCUACUGUGGCAAGGGGAGUCGUAAGCCUUGUUGUUGGAUAUCUAAACAACCUUGUCAUUGAAAUGGCGUUUCUUGUCCAGGCCAACACAACAGAGGAGCUUCCUGAAUAUCUUCUUGGAACAUGCCGUCUUAAUCAUCUCGAUGUCUCUAAAGCUGUUCAAGCGAAACCAUGAUCUAUGUAUGUGUGUGUAUAUAUAGGUUACUCCAGAUUUGCAUAGGCAACAUGGACGAUACCGAUAUAGAACUGCAAAAGCUUUACGAAAGUGACUAUUCUUUGAUUCAAUCAAAUAGCAUGCCAGCAGUCUGCUGCAUUGGUGUCAGCUGUAUAGUUUGCAGAAAUACACAGUUUUUACUAAAUGGUGAACUCAAUUGUGAGGAUAUGCUUUUUUUCUUAAGGAAAAUAUGCCUUUUUUUUUUUCUGACUGUUUGUAAUGUACUCAAAGAAAUAAGAGAAUAGUGACACGAAGGAAUUUUUAUUAUUGAA